GGAGAAAAAAACAUAAUGCCAAUAAGCAAGAUUGAUUUUCAGGGCUAUCCUCAGUUAAUGCACUUUAUGAAUAUAAGUUUUAUCUUUCAUUUAAGAGCAACCACAGACGACAUUCAGCAGGACUUCGGCCUGAAGGAAAGAGUGCACCUCUUUACACCUGCAGCUUUAUUACUUGUAUCUGUACACAACAAGUCGGGAGCAAUGAAGCUACACGCUUUUUUAAUGUGUAUCAUGAAUUAUUUGCUGUUGACAAAUCAAGAGGAGCAGAAAUCGGAAGUGAAUCAGACUUCAUGGAGUUCACCUGAUAACAACACUUAUGUUUAUCCUGAUUACUAUGGCGAUUCUACCCCCUGCGAAUCGCACGUGCCGGAAUUUAACUCCCUCGCCCUUCUGGUCAUCUACAGCAUCGUGUUUGUGUUCAGCCUCUUGGGCAACAGUCUGGUGGUCUUCGUGGUCUGCUCUAUGAGCAAAGGCAGAGCCAGCACAGAUAUCUACUUGAUGCACCUUGCCCUGGCUGACCUCCUCUUCUGUUUCACUCUCCCCUUCUGGGCCGUUGAGUCUCACUACGGUUGGAUCUUCGGCACGCUCCCCUGCAAGUUCAUAUCCAGCUUCCAGGAGGCGUCUGUGUACAGCGGCGUCUUCCUGCUGGCGUGCAUCAGUGUGGACCGCUACUUUGCCAUCGUAAGAGCGACGCGAGUGUUGUCCUCCCACCACCUGCUGGUGAAGGGGAUCUGCGCCGUUGUGUGGCUGGUGUCCGGGUUUCUGUCUAUACCCGUGGCGGUUCAAAGGGAGGACAUCAUUCUGCCGGGACUGGAUCAACCCAUUUGCUACGAGAACCUAACCGGGGAGAGUAGCGACCAGUGGCGGGUCGGCCUCCGAGUUCUGCGGCACACUCUGGGCUUCUUCCUCCCCCUGGUGGUGAUGGCGUUCUGCUACGGUUGGACGGUGGUGACGCUGUUCAGCAUGCGCAGUCAACAGAAGCACAAGGCCAUGCGCGUCAUCCUGGCAGUGGUCCUGGCGUUCAUUUUUUGCUGGCUGCCUUACAACGUCACCGUUCUGAUAGACACGCUCUUUCGAGGCGGGUCGCUCGAAGAAACCUGCGACACCCGCUACAUAGUGGAGGCCCUGCUGGAGGUGACCAAGAUUAUCGCCUUCCUGCACUGCAUGGUGAACCCGGUGCUGUACGCCUUCAUCGGGGAGAAGUUUCGGAACGAGCUGCUGACAGCUCUCUACAAACAGGGCAUCAUCAGCAAGAAGCUCUGGGUGUCUUACAGGAAGGGUUCUGCGGCCAGCGUGCUCAGUCUCAGGUCCAGAAACACCUCCAUAUCGGUGUAAGCUAACGCCGUCUCAUGGGCUAUGUUCACACAGCACGUCUUGAUGCUCAGUUCCAAUAUUUUUGGGGUUUUUCAUGGUCAUUCAUAAUAGUAAACCCGACUUCAAUGAGAUUUCUGUGCAAACGGUUUAUGUCCCCAAAGCGACCUGCUUGUGCAGAAGAAACCUGGACGAUAAAUCAGUAACAAUAUAUAAAGCAGUAAAGAUGUGAGCAAUAUCAGUAGACAAUACGUCCGAUAGAAUAUUCAAUAAUUUCACUCAACUCCGGUCCGGAACCGCACAGCAUUCUGGGAGAUGUAGGCACAGAAAAGGCUUUAGCAACCAGCUAAGCAAGGUUGGUGCCAUCAAGUAACUCACCCACUCUUUGGUUACCUAGCAACAACCUGUUGAGUAACCUGUGCAGCAGCAGUUUCAGGUUUUAUUAUAACUGUUUAAAAAUAAAAAACAGCAUAGAGUGAAGGGAAAACAUGAGUACAACAGUUUGAGAGGAAAAGUCACACCACCAGUUUUAUCAGUAUUUCAGACAUUUAAAACAAUAAACUAACAGUAACUAUCAAUAUGACUGAUAUGAAACCCUUGUAUUGUUACACUUUUUAGCCAUAUUGUCCCGCCUUACUUUGACGUCACACAGCAGCAGCUCGGUGUUUGACAGUCAUUUAUGCACCGAUGUCAUAGUUUAUUCAGCAACAAGAGCCAACGGUAUCAUCACAAGACGAAGAAGGCUGAUAAAAAGACAGCGUAACCAACGGCAAUGGCUUUUUGUGAUUAUGACUUCUGUAAAACAGUCAGUCUGGAUGCGGAGUUGGAGCAAAGAGUGGAGGGAAUGUGAUGUGAUGCGCUUCUUUCAUCAUGUCAUGAUUAUUUUCAGCCGUUGUUUACGUCCAGAAAUCUGAUUUUUUUGGGGGGGGUGAAAACAUUUUGCUGUUUCAGUGAAAGAAGUUGGGUAUGGGUCCCAUACGGGUAAAAAAAAAGAAACAGGCUUGGGUCGCAUUUCCCUGCUGUGUGAACAUAGCCAUAAAUAUCAUUACUGAUGCAAAUAUGUACAAGUGAAAUAUUUAGAAGUAUCUAGAAAAUCCAGAAAAGUGUAAGCAUCUAGCAGAAGUCUUAAAAUCUAUCUCUGGUUUUGUAUUUCUAACUUACAAAACUGUAAGUUUUGCAGGAGGUUUCUACUGAAAUUGCAGAAACCUCCUGAUAUUCGCAGUUCGGUAUUCGCAAAUGUGUAAGGUCAGGGGUCAGCGACCUUUUCCAUUCACAGAGCCACUUUUCCCCUUCUGCUACAAAAAUAAAACUCGCCUAGUGUCACAAAAAACUAUUUUUAAAAAUGUAUGAAGUACAUUUUUACGUAAAAUGUUUAAUUAUGAAAGUUAACAAAAUUAAGCUAAAAUGUAUUUAAGUUUUGAGAUUUUAGAACAAAUAUUACAUUGGAUAAAAUGACAAUUUAGCAGAAUGGGGUGAGUCUUUUCUAUAAAUAUGGAAAAGGAGAAAUAUGGGUAGCAUAGUUUGAAGCUGGGUGUUUUUUAAAAGCCUGUUAUAGAUAUUAAAAGUAGAUUUUGCGACCUUUGACCUAUUCACCAUGCUACGUGACAUCCUAUUGGCUGGUGUUUGCAAAGCAGCCAAUCCAGGAAUGAUCGGUUGUACGCCAAAUAAUGGAGAUGAGUCCGACUGUAGACAUUAGUGAACUUCAGCAGUAGUGCCAAGAUGGUUUCCAUUGGACGUAUUAGUGGAUAUUCAGGUAUAUUUGGUGUUUAAAGUUUUAAAUAGGAAAUUAUAAUCAUUUUUAGAGGGAGCCUCAGCUUUUGAGGGGCAGCCUUGGUCCUGGGGGUUUACCUGUUAUUUUUAAAAUACUUGUUAGUCUCAAGUUAAAACACACAGAUGUUACAAAGCAAGGAAACUUCAGCUACUUUCAAAACGAACAAAAAAACAAAAAAAAAAUUACAUCCUGUUCUCAGCAGACUUUUAAUGUCACAGGACGUUUCCUCAGGUCUAACGUUGAUAAGAUCUCUGAAGAACUAUGAAGUCAAACGGAAAGACAAUUAUUCAGAGAGAGAGAUAUUUUAAGAUGUUUAGUCUUUUCAAAUCCUGAAACAAAAACUGUUCCAAGAUGGAGUUCAUGAGUGGAAGCGAUGGUUCCUGAUUUGGCUUAAAAUCUUUACUAUUUUUUGUCGAUGCAUCAUCAAUUACUUCAUCUCUUCAAAAAGAAAGGAUAGUGACGGCGUGCUGCCAUCAGUAAAUAUGUCACCUCAAGACUUACAAUGUGGUCCGAACUAUUAGAAACUGAUGGUGAUUCUCCUGGAGAAAAUAGUUUGAGACAAACACUUUAUCUCUGAUCAUCAGGAAGCGUCUCCGUAGCAACAGGAGUUUUAGUUUGGUGCUUUGAAACGUACAGGAGUGUGAAACCACCGUGUCUGCAAAGGUUCAUAAGCAGCAAUCUGUAAAACAUCGUAAAGCCAUUUUCAAAAACCAAGAACUUCUGGGAAAACCUCCCAGGUAUUAAAACAUCCCCAUUCCCUGAAAUCCCAGAAAAAUUCACCCCAAGGUUAGAAGGUCAAAGGUUGAGAGCAGUGAUAAAAGAAAAAAACAUAUUUGUGCCUUAAUGAAACAUAAGACAACAGAUGCAACGACCUUUUGACCGAUGAAGCCAAAGUAGAAAUGGUUGUCCAUGUUUGAGGACAUCCAAACACAGACUCCAGUAAAGCAUGGUGGUGGAGGAAUGGUGAUCUGGGCUUGUUUUACAACCAAAUGUUGAAGAAUCAGAUGUGAGGCCCUGAUUCUGGCUGCUGAAUCUUGACCAACAUUGGGUUAUCAAGGUAUCUGCUCCUGCAUAGCCCAUUAUUGGCCCAAUGUUGGGCAAGAAGAAGCUGGAUGCUUGCAGACCUCAAUAAGCUGAAGCAGUAAAUAUGAUGCAGUUUUGUUUCUUUUGACGUAGAGUCUUAUAUAACCCAGUCAUUCUUAGAGGUUCUGAAAUGUCUCUGUUCCUUUCUCCUAAAACCCCCUCGAAGUUCCCGUUGGCGUCUAACGUCAAAGCGUCCGGCUUCUGCAGCUGUUCUCGAUUUCAUUAAGCGAUGUUUGACUUUUGAGUCAACCUCAUCACACUCUUUAAAUUCUGAGAACGCAUCAAAUGUCAAUGAGUUUGAAAAGGAGAAGUCAACUCAUUGACAAAUGUGCAAAACUACGCAGUUAGUUAUCAAGACUUUACAGUUGAAACUUUCUGAAUGUAAAUGACCCAUUUGAAUAUCCUGUGUUUUUAGUUGUUUUGCUGAUAGAAUGUUUCCUAUUGAUCGUGACUUUUGUUUGACAGAAAAAAAAAAUCUUACCAGGAAGGUAAAAAAUCUUGAGAACAGGAAGAGGUGGUGAAACUCGUUUGUUUUCACAACCGAGGAACAGCAUGUGCUCUUUGAUGAAUGACUUUCAUUUAUACAACAUUCUGUGGAAACUGCUGCGUCUCCUUAUCAGUAUUAUCAUCUCAAGCUUAUUUUUCGGUAUUGUAGUAAUGUUUCUGCAUUUAUACAGGAGAGUUGUUCUGGUUUUAAUUGUUGUAAAUUACAAGAUAGAUGCUGAGGUCUAUUUUUCUGAAUGAAAUGAAUGUUUUUUAUAAACGGAAAGCAGCUUUCAGGAUCUAAUCUGUACAGAUCCAGGUUUCAUGCACAAUAAAUAUAUUUUUCUGUAUCAGUCUGGUUUACUUGCAAAGCGGUUGCUCUGUUUAUCUUAUGCAGGAUCUUAACCUGAAGAUAAGUUGCAGCUUGUUACCGACAUUUGAUUAAAAGCUGCUUCAUCCUAAA